CGGAAGCGGCGGUGCGGAUCCCGGAAGCGGCGGCGGAACCCGGAAGCGGCGGCGGGACAGGAUGGACGACACGCUCUUCCAGCUGAAGUUCACAGCAAAGCAGCUGGAGAAACUCUCCAAGAAGGCCGAGAAGGACUCCAAGGCUGAGCAAGCCAAAGUAAAAAAGGCCCUGCAGCAGAAGAAUGUGGAGUGUGCCCGGGUCUACGCUGAGAAUGCCAUCCGGAAGAAGAACGAGGGGCUCAACUGGCUCCGGAUGGCGUCCAGGGUGGAUGCUGUGGCCUCCAAGGUGCAGACAGCCGUCACCAUGAAGGGGGUGACAAAGAAUAUGGCUCAGGUGACCAAGGCCUUGGACAAGGCCCUGAGCUCCAUGGACCUACAGAAGGUGUCAGCAGUGAUGGACAAAUUCGAGCAGCAGGUGCAGAACUUGGAUGUUCACACGUCGGUCAUGGAGGACUCCAUGAGCUCUGCCACCACGCUGAGCACGCCGCAGGAGCAGGUGGACAGCCUGAUUGUGCAGAUCGCCGAGGAGAACGGGCUGGAGAUCAUGGACCAGCUGAGCCAGCUGCCCGAGGGGGCCUCGGCCGUGGGGGAGAGCUCUGUACGCUCCCAGGAGGACCAGCUGUCCCGGAGGUUGGCUGCCCUGCGGAACUGAGGCUCCUGCGGCCCCGGCAUCGCUGGAAUGGCUGCGGGGGGAGGGGCCGGGACCCCCUCCCGCUGCCGUCCCCACCCCCUGCCUUGGGACUGUUCCUCGGGGGGUGACGGCCCUUCCCAGGCAGGCACCAAUCCUGGCAGGGCCGAGGAACGCUUCGCUGGGGCUGAUUUAUGGGGGGUUUGAUUUGGGGGGUGCUGCUGGUGCCUGGCAGCGCCCUGUGUCCCGCUGCUGAUGGAACACUAAGGGGUCUCUCCUGGUCUCAGGGUGCUGCUCCUCAGCUCCUCUGAUGUUCCCUGUUCUGGGGCUGUGCUGUGAGUUCCCCGGGAGCCGUUUGGGAGGAGCAGG